UUAGCCUGUAUCUAUGCAGGCAGCACAUUACGUGACACGCACCAAGAGAGACAGACCGUAAUGUCCUUGUCUCUCGAGCGAGUCUCGAUGGCAUGGAAAUGCUAGGCCUGGAUCAAAACAACACAACCCAUGCUGGGUCGGGUUCAGUUUGAGCUUCACCUUCGUGACGGUCAGAGGUUUCCACUGGUUGGGCACUGGAAAUGGGACUUCUUAUUCCUUUUGCUCGAUUGUUGCACUGGAUUUUGGAGCUGGACUGGGAAUUGUGAUUACCUAUAGGUAGUGUGAGAGUCGAUUCGAUGGUGUGAUGCAAGGAUGUGAUUUUUGUGCGGACUGUCGAAGAAUUUUUCGAAGAAGUUUUGAAGUUGUGGUGUUUAUCGAAUAAAUCAAGUGGAUUAUGAUGUACUCUUGAAGGAGUACAUGAUUUCCAGCACCAAAACAUUGUGUAACGCGUAGAAGGGAAAUAGACAUAAUAGUAAGUGAACGGAAUGGCAGUGAUGUGAAAACUCAGCUGGUUUAGGGGGAGCAACAGGAGAAAGCGGGCUCACAGCAGGGAAAGUGAGGUGAGGGUGGUUGAACAGAAACCAUUCCCGUCAGACCUAUUCAGUUGAAAGUACAGGGGAAAAAAAACAUAUUAUUGAGCUGCAGUCAGACAGACCGAACGGAACCAUAACGCCAGCCAGGACGCUGCACGCUGUGAACGAACGCUGCUAGUUGGUUUGAAGUUCAAGAGACGCCAGGGGAUUCGUGUCGACAGUUCCACGUGUAGCUGGCAAAAUGUGCCCACAAGCGUAAUCGAUAAUUUUAUGCUCGGAUAGAGUGAAAGACGCCCGCGGAGUAACGUUGUGUGUUAUCAUUGUAUUACAUUGCAAGAGAGGGAGAAAGUGACGUGCAAAAAUAAUAAAUUGAAAAAAAAUAAUGUGAGGAGGAAAGGACAAGGAGCAGUGUCAGCGCUGAAGUGCAACCGGAAGAAGCGAGAACUUGUGCACGUAAUUGGAUAUUGAACGGUGUCCGGAGGCUCACAGAAGAACAGAGCAGUCAGCAAUCAACCCAGUCAGCAACCACCUGUCCAUCGCUUCCGUAGCCAUGAAUAAUCACGGUUCGGACGUCUUCCAUCACGAUCAACCAACUCAACAUCUUUCCCGCCACUUCCACCGAUGGACCGCUCCGGACCAUCUCUCACCGGUCCGGGGUCCUACUGCCCGUACAGCACCGACUCCAGCUCUUCGGCGCGGUCCUACAUCCGUCCGUUCGACACUAUAAGAGCUCUGCACGAAACGAUUGUUUCGCUCCGGACGGCACUGGAAGACUCCCGUCGGGAAAACGAACGACUACAGAAGCAAAUUAACGUGCGGGAUGUUGUGGAAGAGGGUCGAGGAUUUCUAAAAGACUACAAUAGCCAUACUUAUGGAAGCACCUCGAAGGAUCUGAACACUAGUGUGGAAACGGAAGACGCCAGAGCGCAGGACAAGAAGUCGAAGAAAGUGAAGAAGCGCAGGAGUAGACCUCCGGGCGAAGAUACGGGGGAUUCUAAGGUUGACCCCGGAGAAGAAGACGAAAGUCAACCACGGCUACAGGAGGCGAAAGACGAACCUAUCAAAAAGAAGCACUCACCGAGGGAUGUACAAAGCCAUCAGAAGGUUUCAGUAGUUCCGGAUAUCCAAAUAGUUUCGCAUCCGCCAUCGGGAAGCGGGCACCCAGCCAUGGCAUCGCGAAUUGACGUGAAGAUCAAGGUUUCGUCCAACAUCAACGUGGACGGAAGCAGCUCGGAGGCGGACAGUUCCGAAGCAACUGAACAAAAGAAUGUGGAAACGAAGGAACAGGACGCUUCGGAAACUCCGGAAGACGAAGACAAAACCAUAGGCGAAGAAGAUUCAGAAGAAGCGAAAGAGAACGUAACGGUCAAAGAAGAAUUCAUCAAGGGUGACGCGUCGAAUGUGAAGAUCAACCUGACGAACGAAGAGAAUCUGAGUGUGACCAGAUCUACGGAAGGCAUCAACAUUCGACAGACGUCGUCGGAGAAUCUGCAUGUGGAUGUGGACCGGCAGAGCAAUCCGUCGAUUUCAGAAGGUGACAAUUCAGUGUUCACAGAAGGUGCCACAACUCCGGUGGAUCAAGAGGGAGCCGCCGGAUACACGGCACCCGAGCCUAGGACUUCCGUGAAGAAAAGUGAAUCGGAAAACCAAGAAGAGGUGGACGAUAUCGAGUUGAUAUUUUCGUCGGACGAUAACAAGGACGUUAUCCAGGAAGAUUUAGUGUCCAUUUCGGACUUUGAACCAUGGCAAGAAAGUGGGCAGGCGGGAACGCCUGUUCUCAUCAAGUUCAAACAACUGUCAUCGGAUCAGGAAUCCAGUCAGAAAGGAUCGAUGGAUCGAAGUGAUAGUGAAGUAGUGGAAGGCGAUGGAUCCAAUAGGGACCUGUUGCCGAAAGAUAAGAGUCUGGAGAGUCAGGAUUCGCUAAAUUUAGAAAGUGCAAAAAAGGGGGUAGAUUUUAGGGCAAACUCGUCCAGUCUGGAAAAGGAUAGUAGUUUAGAUUAUGGUGCAAGUGGGGAUGUGAAAAGGGAAGACAGCUUUGAUGUUGGUGCUACCAGUGGAACGAGUGGAUUAGGGAAACGUUGGACGAAUUAUAAUGUGUUGAUCGAGACGGAUAUUUCGAAAUGUGGGAUCGCAGAGGAGAACAUAUUGGAGAUGGGUAGGCGGAAUACGUGUCCUAAUCCUCCGGCAUACAGACCUAUCAUCCACACAGGAUCCCGAUCACCGGCAGCCGCCUCAAACCGAAGUCCGCUGGCCGUGAAAUUCUCCCGAAGUCCUCGUACCUACUCGCCGCAUCAGUAUCUUCCGCCGGGCAAAACCCUCCGGACGGUAACGGCCGCGGACAGUUCCGCUUUCGGAGGCGACGAAGCCAAACGUUCCCGGGCAGCCCAAACCGACAUCACGGCCCUCUCGCAGCAGUGGCGCUCGGAAACUCAUCUUCCGGUGUCAGAGUACGGUUCCGGACUGUACACUCUACCCUCGAAGUUCGUUCCACCUCCGUCGACGGGAAGUCGCAAGUUUACGCUGCGGCCAUCAGAUAAAACCCAAGAGGCUCGUCGAGUGCUGCUGAGCGAUAUCAAUUUCACCAGCAUGGUACCGGAGCUGUCGCGCUCGGCGGACCACCUCUGCCAGCAGCCGGAGGAACAGGACGAGGAGUCGAAUGACGAGAACCGCUCACCCAACUACUGCAAGGGCAAUCUGCUCAAGACGCCGGAAACGGUCAAGGGAAUACCGCCGAGCUACAGCAUGACUUCACCGGGCGUUUCCCAAUGGACGGUCAACGAAAGCAGCAUCGCUACACAAACCACCCAAACCGAAGCGUACUGGGCUGACCGUGGAGACUCGUUCGAUUCGUCCAAAAGCUACUCGCUGGGGUCCCGAUACAGUACCCUCAGUAAGCAUCAUCGUUCUCGGAGUGUACCGUCGAUUCGUUGUGCCGUCUGCCGGCACAACCAUCAGAACACGUCGCUACGAGCCUCGGAGAGUAUGCACUACACUCCGAGGGUAACCUUCCAAGAGCCUACGCACAAGAUACGGGGAUCUCUACCGGAUCUGAGGCACGACUGUAACUGCCCUCGCCGGUACGGUGGCCCUUCACUGUACAGAAUUCAUGGUGACUCCGGAGGAUCCACGGACAGCCUUCUGGAGGAGGCUGAGGAUUUCUUGCGGAGGUCCAUCGAAGGUAACAUCAUGCUGGAGGAUCCCGGAGGCCACUGCGAACCUCCAUUGCCUCCACAUCCGCUACAUACCGUAGGGUCGGCGAAGCAUCGAAGGUGCUCGGAGAACGACAUUCAACGGGACUACAUCCCCUCGAAACAGGCACUGCCCUUCCUGCCAAAGACCGCCAAAUGUCUCAAGCCGGGCCACCUGGCGAAGGUAAUAGCACGCAGCGGGCGGGUGGUGGUCGGAAGGGUGCGCUAUAUAGGCCCGCUGGCGGGCGGUAGCGGAGCUGCCUUUGGGGAUCCGGACGAAAUCUACGUUGGCCUACAGCUUCCCAACAACGUGGGCGAUUGCGAUGGGACGAUUGACGGACGGAAGUUUUUCGAGUGCGAACCACAGCACGGAAUCUUCGUCCCCUUCAAGAAGGUCGUCAUGGCGUGGAACUCCUAAGAUAGUACCUACCUACAGGAUACCUACCACGGACAGGAUACCAGUGGAAAAUGGCGAUGCGAUGGAAGGAAAAGUGAGACACGUAUGUGAUUUGUCGGCCUAUUGGCGCACAUCUUCAACGGGAGUCAUCGUGGGUGGGGCGGCGGGCGUGCAAGGCAUAUAUGUUCCGUUCCUCCUUGCAGAAAUGGCAAGGGUGACAGACACAAGACUUGAUGUACUUAUCUGUAUCACCGCAGAAGGAAUAGGUAUAGGUAUUUAUUUGGGUUCGAAGACAGAGGAUGGUGCGGCGCAAUUAUUCAAGGAUCAGUUCAAAACGACCCUUGUCACUUUGGAUCGAAUGGUUUUGUGUUAUUCACAACUUGAAAACUUCUCUGUCAUAUUCAUAGGUUUGAGCUUCGGAAUGUCCUGAUGAGGUGGGGGAAGUAAGGCAAUUUCCGUUGAAAAGUUGAUCGUUAUAAAACCGGUUGCAACAGAAUUCCUGUCAUUCGAUUCGGAAUACGGACAGAUGUCACUCGGACACAUUUGUUAUCUGAACCACUUAACCCAAAUUAUGUAUAUUGUCCACUAGAACUGUUAUGUUACUAAAUCAUAAUCCCUUUUUAGUGAUCUAGCAUAAACUGCGUAAAUUAGUAUUGCGCUAACUUUCUUUUAAUGAUACAUUUUCCAUUAUCCCGUUCCCGUCAUUAAAUCUUCAUUAUGGAAAAAGUUCUAUUCCGUUCUUCCUUAAUUGUUGGCAGAAACUGACUUGCAAACAAAUUUUAUUAUUACCACACCCACGGCCCGAUACCCUCAUCAUAACCCAUAUUCGUCACCAUCACCCUUGGCUCGAGUCGCCCAAUUAAUCGAUACUUAGCGCCCGCCGUCGUCGAUCCGGUGGCGACGAAACGCACCGUUAAGGACUAUUCGAUUUCCAUCUUCUAUGAUGGACGGGAAACGGAAAAGUUAGCUUGCCUAAUUGGUUUAUACACCAUCAUCUGUGACCGGAAUUUCCAUUUUAAUGAGCUGAAUUUGCACGUCGGGACAAACAUCAAGCAUCUUCAACGAAUUCAACUGGUAGGAAAAACGUGC